AUGGACCCAGACCAGGCUGCCAUUGUUCUCCAUGGGUCUCAGCAUAAGCCAGAGGAUAUCUUUGCCUUGAAGUGGAACAAAAAGGGGAAUUAUAUUUUGAGUGCUGGUGUAGACAAGACAACAAUAAUUUGGGACGCCCACACAGGAGAAGCCAAACAACAGUUUCCUUUUCAUUCAGCACCUGCCCUUGAUGUGGACUGGCAGAACAACACUACCUUUGCCUCGUGCAGCACAGACAUGUGCAUUCAUGUGUGCAGGCUUGGCUGUGAUCGCCCAGUCAAAACCUUCCAAGGACAUACUGUAAGUGGCAGUUUUGAUGCUCAGGGUUGGAGGUUGUGAGAAUAUGGUGCAUUAACAAUUAACCGUGCAGGAGAGAUUACUUGUUUGUUCAUCAGCACUUUGCUGCUGUGAGCCUCUGUGACUGCCCUAGUGAUGGAAUUAAUCCAGAUAUGGUCAAUGGUCCUGGGAAUAUCAGCUAGCCCUCUUUGACUUUACCUCUCUUACACCCUGCCUCCUGGUUCCCUAAAUGAUUCUCACCAAUGUUGGUUGCUCUGAGCAGAGGUCUACCUACAUGACUCUGAAUCUGCUGCUUCUUGAGACCUGUGUGUAGGUUCUAGUUGCUUCUCUGGAACUUUGAUUGAGAUGCAGAAAGAUGGCAAUCAAGAAAACUCUGCUCACAGGAAGGAAUUUGUGUCUCCAUGGAAAUUGCAGAUGAGUCAGCUGGGGAGAGUCAGGUCUUGGAGAACAUGGAGAGGUCUGCCUGUGAGGUUUCUACAUCUACAGGUGCAGACAUUUACACUACCUCAUUUACAUGUGAGCUCAUAGAUAGACAUGCACUGACACAUAUACAUACCCUCUAUGCUCUGUGCUCAUGUCUUUGAUCUAGUCACAGAGAAC